AUUUAACAAUUAUAUGAAGGGAUGGUACACCUAAUAGCAUUUUUUAUUUAUCUGCAGGUCAUUGACAGUUUUGUAAUGAGUAACUUAGAGGAUGAUGAUUUCCCCCAGCUUUCAGCCCAAACUCUAGCAGCUCUCCAGGAAUUUUAUGCUGAGCAGAAGCAACAGACUGACCCAGGUGGGUCAGUAAAUAAAUAUAACGUUGGAAUCAUAGAAGAGAAUUGGCAAUUAAGCCAGUUUUGGUACAAUCAGGAAACUGUUUUGCGGCUUGCAAAGGAAGCAGUUAGUGCUGCUGGAGAACAUGGCAGAAUUGCCUGUGUGAGUGCCCCCAGUGUUUACCAGAAACUGCGAGAGCUAUACAGUGAAGACCUUUCUGUGUGUGUUUUCGAAUAUGAUAGAAGAUUUGCCAUAUACGGGGAGGAGUUUGUCUUCUAUGAUUACAAUCAUCCAUUGGAGUUACCUGAGAAGGUCACUGCACAUAGUUUUGACAUUGUCAUAGCCGAUCCUCCAUAUCUCUCUGAGGAAUGUCUCAGAAAAGUAUCAGAAACCAUCAAAUAUCUGACAAAGGGCAAGAUUCUGCUGUGCACAGGUGCUGUCAUGGAAGAUGAGGCAGCAAAACUUCUUGGAGUGAAGAUGUGCAAGUUUAUUCCAAAACACACUCGGACAUUGGGCAAUGAAUUCCGCUGUUAUGUGAAUUAUGAUUCUGGGCUAGACAGUGACAUCUGAAUGUGGGCAGAAAAUACUACAACCAAGACCCCUUGUGACGUCUCUCAUUAUUUCUUAACAGACGAAUUAUGACCUCUACCUCUACCCUAAAACUGGAGUGACCUUCACCAAAUUUCUAAAAUAAACAUACAACUUUUU